AUGUCAAGGAGAGAGAGCAGAGAUUCAGACCCAAAACAGGAGCGUUCUAGACUCGAUCGCGAAUCCAGCCCUAAGAGAUCAAGAAGAGAUGGGAAACCCGAAGGAGAACGUGUUCUGAGUAAGAAAGAUCUGGAUGUUAAAAAUGGUAGUGAUACGGAUAAGAAACCACGUCAGUCUCUGCGAGAUGCUGCGCCACUGGAACCUGAUGCUCAAGGUUUGAGAAAAGACGGUGAAAAGAAGCAAUCUGAGACGACCAAACAAGCUUCCCAUCUUUCACAAGGACCUCGUUCUAGACCAUACAAUCAGUAUGAUGAUCGUCAUAGUGCUCGGAAAGAUGACAGAAGACCAACUUCUGAGAGAGGAUCGUGGAGAGGUUCAAGAGAUGAGAGCAAUCGAAGAGCUGGAGGAGAUGAUGAGAGGUCACAGCAUCGUAAAGACCAAGACAAAAGCACUUGGCGACAUGAGAGUGACGACACCAAAGGAGCACUCUCUAGGAAACGACCGGCCUUCAGGGAGAAGAAGAUUCCAGAGGAAUCUGGGAAGGACACAGACAGAACAAGAAGAGCUGAGGAGGUAAAAGACACAAAUCUAAGCGGUCGCGGGCAGAACGAGAGAAACUGGAGGAGCAACAUGCAUUCAGAGAGACUAGCAACGGGAAGAGACAGAGUGUGGAACAGAGACGAUGAAAGAAGUGCGGGAAGCAGACAGGGUUAUCGAGGAGCUGAUAGAGACAGAUUCAACGGCAAUGGGCGAAGUGGGUUUCAUGGGAAAGGGACAAGGGAGGAGAAGAAAUGGAACCAUGACUUGUUCGAAGAGGCGAACAAGAGUCCAGCUAGAGCCAACGAGGAAGAACAGAUUGCAAAAGUUGAAGCUUUGUUGGCUUCUUAG